AUUUGUUCCCUCGUUCGGAACUUGAAAGCUACAUUAAGGGCUGAUAAAUAAAUACAUUACGAGCGCUCGGAGGAAGCUCUGAUUUUAAUCAUACCUAGUUAUCUUGCAGCCCUGAGAUGAGAUGUUUAAUCACAUGACACUACUUAAACUUAAAUCGUCACAGUCCCACUUCGAUCAUCCUCGCUACCGCUUUUUGGAGCCACUCUAAGACCAUGCCAAACAAUUUUGAUGUCAGAAGUUAGAACGUUUAGUAGUACUUUGAAAUUGUCAUACCCAAAGUUUUUAACAUCUUUUCAAUCACCAAACCUGAAUACUUUUAUUGCUUGUACAACAUGGCUGCGUACUUGGUCUCUACUCUGGUGGAGUCCUGGCAAGCAGUUCAAACAUAUGUCGAGUAUAACUACUCUAUUAGUCUAAGACUGCAGAACCCAACGAGAGGGUCUGGUGAGGAACGGUCCCCAUAUUCUCUGGAUGAAUUACUGAAUAAGACAGCGUAUGAUCCAUUCAUUUCCAACCUGGUAGCAGAGAAUAUGAAUCUUGGAUCACCUCCUGAGUACUCCAUCUUCGAUUCCAACCUGAGUGCAUCCGAUCCAAUGAUGCUGGUACCCAGCUACCCAAAAAGAAACCGUUUUGGGUGGCCGCUAGAGAACGUUGCUCUCAACUGGCCUUACCGAACUAUGGUUUCCCCCGGCACAUCUCACACAUCGAUAUACUGGACGCGAGACGAUUUAGGCAGAAAAGUUCCAACAACAGCUGGUUGGCAUUUGGAAAAAUGUGGAACUGACAUUCAAGAGCUUCACCGAAAUCUAAAGCGUUUGGUUAUAUCUCAACACAUGGUUUGCUCGGAAAAGCUAAGCUUUGGGUAAAAUCGAAGCUUUGUAAAUCGCAAUACAGCUGCUCAUCCAUCAUUAAAGAUGAUAAUGAGCUCGUCAAUCCCCUUAUCAGAGGAGAAUUAUGCAACUUGCAUAGAAGCUUUCAAUGCUUCUGUGUGCGAUUCGAGCGCGGCCUAUGGCCAGCACGUUCGUUCAAGACCGUAGAUUUGAGGAAAGGCAUUUUUACUCUUCUGGAUUUGGCUGCCCAUAAAAAAUUGGCUUGCGUAAUUUAUGAUAGUAAGAUCUGUUAUUGUUUGAUUUACUUAGAAGAAGGAGAAUAAUGGGUUGUAGAUACUAAAUGAGGUUAAGUAUAUAAAGUUAUUAAAUAGCAUUUUGCAUUGCUAAAAUGCCACAGAGCUCCAAGUCUUCUUCUAUACCUAGCGGAAACGACACGGCGAAAUAAAUAAAGUAAUCCAGAGAUGUGACUCACUUUCGGAUCCUAGUGCUGCG